UUCAACCGUUCAGUGCCAAGAAAUUAUCUGCGCAUAUUCUUUAUUUAAGGCGUAAUAUUAUGGAUACAACGCGAAAAGAAGACUGAAGAUCUCUUGUUUUUGCAAAACCAGGGCAAAAAAAUGAGCAACAUCCUCCACGCGGCUUCUAAAGUGAGAUGGAAUCAGAGCACUGCGGCGAAACGAGCAGCGUUCCUGGCGGUGGCAGCAUACGGGGCGAAGACGCUUUACCCCAUCAUCUGCAAACAAAUAAAUCAACGGAAGGCAGCCAAGAACGACACAAACGCAUUAGGACAUGAGAACGGAUUGAUAUCUACUCAUAAAUCCGCACCGGAGACUAUUUCUAGUCUUAAUAAAUCGGCCGGCGUCAAUGCGGAAUUCUUCAAGCAGGUUCUUGAACUGGUUAAAAUCGUAUUCCCGAGGUUCGUAACUAAAGAGCUGGGUUUACUAUGUUUACAUUCAAUCGCUUUGGUUUCAAGGACGUUUCUGUCUAUUUAUGUGGCCGGUUUGGAUGGCAAAAUCGUGAAAACGAUCGUAGAGAAGCAGCCGCGGAGCUUCAUGCUCAAACUCAUGAAAUGGAUCCUGAUCGCCAUCCCGGCCACAUUCGUGAACAGCGCGAUCCGUUAUCUGGAGUGUAAGCUCGCGCUGGCCUUCCGCACGCGCCUGGUCGAUCAUGCGUAUAAAACAUAUUUCACCGAUCAGACAUAUUAUAAAGUCAGCAAUAUGGACGGGAGACUGGCGAACCCGGACCAGUCGCUAACAGAAGAUGUCAUGAUGUUCUCGCAGUCUAUUGCGCAUCUAUACUCAAACCUCACCAAACCCAUUCUGGACGUGAUUCUCACUUCCUAUACUUUGAUACAGACUGCGAGAUCUCGGGGUGCGAACGCGACCGGACCGACCGUGCUGGCGGGUCUGGUGGUGUUCGCCACGGCGAAGGUUCUGCGCGCAUGUUCGCCGAAGUUCGGGAAGCUGGUGGCGGAGGAGGCGCACAGAAAGGGAUACCUGCGCUAUGUGCACUCUCGAAUUAUUGCCAAUGCAGAGGAGAUCGCCUUCUAUAGGGGACAUAACGUCGAGAUGCGGCAGCUACAAAAGUGUUAUAGCGUCCUGGCAGAGCAGAUGAACCUCAUUCUUUCCAAACGCCUGUGGUACAUCAUGAUCGAGCAGUUCCUCAUGAAAUACGUCUGGAGUGGAAGUGGGUUGGUCAUGGUCGCCGUGCCAAUCAUAACCGCCACUGGCUAUGCAGACAAUGAACUUGCAGACGGUCAGACUCAAGUGUUGGUGAGUGAAAGAACUGAGGCCUUCACAACUGCUCGCAAUCUACUGGCCUCAGGAGCGGAUGCCAUUGAAAGGAUAAUGUCUUCUUAUAAAGAGAUCACUGAGUUGGCGGGCUACACAGCUCGUGUGCACAACAUGUUCUUGGUGUUUGCCGAAGUUCAGAGGGGAAUAUACAAACGUUCAUCUGUCACCGCAGGGGAGAUAAACGGGAACCCACCUGAGAUGCACAUUGACGGUUCUUUGGAGAUCAAAGGCAAAGUGAUUGAUGUGGAUAAAGGUAUAGUGUGUGAAAAUGUGCCUAUAAUCACUCCUAAUGGGGAUGUGGUCGUGUCCAGCCUCAACUUCAAGGUGGAGGAGGGGAUGCACUUGCUGAUCACAGGACCAAAUGGAUGUGGGAAGAGUUCUCUGUUCAGGAUCCUGAGUGGCCUGUGGCCUGUGUACAGCGGGCUGCUUCAUAAACCCUCUCCUGAACACAUGUUCUAUAUCCCACAGAGGCCGUACAUGUCUAUCGGUACGUUACGAGACCAGGUCAUCUAUCCCGACUCUCUGGACGACAUGCAUGAGAGGGGUUACAGAGACAAAGUCCUGGAGGUCAUUCUGGACAUUGUCAAUUUAAACCACAUUGUCACCAGGGAAGGAGGCUGGGAUGCUGAGUGUGAUUGGAAAGAUGUUCUUUCAGGAGGAGAGAAGCAGCGUAUGGGCAUGGCACGCAUGUUUUACCACAAGCCCAAAUAUGCCCUGCUGGAUGAGUGCACCAGUGCUGUCAGCAUUGAUGUAGAGGGUAAAAUAUUCCAGGCUGCAAAGGAUGCUGGGAUCUCCCUGCUGUCCAUCACCCAUAGACCCUCUCUGUGGAAGUACCACACGCACCUGCUGCAGUUUGAUGGGGAGGGCGGCUGGCGGUUUGAGCAGCUGGAUACGGCCACGCGGCUCUCGCUGACGGAGGAGAAACAGCGUUUAGAGUCGCAGCUUGCCGGCAUCCCUAAGAUGCAACACCGACUAAACGAACUGUGUAAGAUCUUGGGUGAAGAUUCGGUCUUAAAGACGACAGAACACAUUGAUGAGGGGGAGAGAAAUCUUGAAAUGCUAGAUGUUCAGAAACGCACAUGCUUUGGUACUUUUAACAAUGUAUCCUCGAUUUAAAAAAUGUGGUUUGUAGGAAUGACAUUCUAAUUAUUUUUUUCUAUACUGAACUUUACUGAGUUUAAUUUUGAUUGUAAAAACGAUUUAGAGUUGUUUUGUUUAAAUUAG